UCAUUGGUUGCGUGUCGCGUGACGCGGCGUUCCCAGGACAACGACAUUCCAAACAAGUGUUGAAACCUUCCCAUUACUGUCCCUCCACGGCGUCGAAACUCACUUAAAGUCGUUUUCAAGUUACCGAGUUUAAAGAAAGUUAAGUGAGAGGAGGCUGGAAUCAACGGAAACCACCGCAAACAUGAGCCGUAACUGGACGCACAGCCAGCAGCAGGAGAGAAUCCGCUCCCAGCGGCAGCGUCAGGAGCAGCGGAGGCAGCAGGACGCCCAGCGUGUGGACAGAGAGCGACAGCUGCUGGCCUGUCUGCGGGAGGAGGACAGCUUUGAGAGGAGGAGAAGCCUGCGUCAGGUGCAGGAGCAGCUCAGAGACAGGCACAUAGAGAGCACUGUGCUCAAGGCCGAGGAAGACAGAAUAAACAGAGCAAAGCAACUUGAACAGGAAGAGAGAAUGGCUAAAGAGCUCGCCCGCAUCAACUUUGAAAAGCAAAGAGAAGAGAAAACAAGGCAACAAAUCGUAGAGAACAGCUUCGAGCUUCGAGAAUUGAGGUCAAAGCUGAAUUCUGCUUAUAUGAACAAGGAAAGAGCGGCACAGAUGGCAGAAAAGGAAGCUAUGAGGUUUGAGACAAUGCGCGAGGAGGCAGACCUUGCUCGUAAAAUGAAGAGCGAACAUGAGCGAGGGUACAUUGAGCAGCAGAUGCUGGAGCAGAAAUGCCACCAGGAGAGGGCGCAGUAUCAAAAGGAACUGGAACACCAGCUCCUGGAGAAGGAGCGUAAGAAACAAGAAGCCUACGAAGAGUUCCUCAAAGAGAAGCUCCUGGUGGAUGAGAUUGUGAGGAAGAUUUACGAGGAGGAUCAAAUGGAGAGACAGUUGAAAUUGGAGAAGGUCAGAGCCACAAAACAGCACAUUGAAGAAUUCAAGAGACAGCAGGACGAGUGGAGACGCAUGGAGCAGGAAAGGAUGGAGGCUGAGAACAGACGCAUCAUGGAGUUUGUGAAGCGCCAGCAGCUUGUGGAGGAGAGCAGAAUGGCCAAGAUGAGAGAGAGGGAAAAAGCCAAGGAGCAGCUUCAGACAAUGCUAUCUAAAAAGAUAGAAGAGGAGAAAAAGCAGCGUGAGGAGAUGGAGCGAGUCCUGGAGGAACUUUAUUUAGAAGAACAAGAAGAAGCCAACAGGAUGAGAGAAAUUGAAGCGAUGGAGAAGAAAAUCAGGCAGAGGCUGAGGAUGCAGCAGGACUGUCGCGAGCAGAUGGUUUUCAAAGAGAUGCAGAGGCAGGCAGAGAAAGAGGAGGAGGAGGCCUUCAGGAAAUCAAUGAUGGCUAAGUUUGCAGAGGAUGAUCGGAUAGAGCAGAUGAAUGCCCAGAAAAGGCGCAUGAAGCAACUUGAGCACAGACGUGAAGUGGAAAAACUGAUCGAGGGGAGGAGACGGCAGCGUCAGGCUGACAUGGAACUGGAGGCUCGAGAAAGAGAGAUUGAGCAGGAGAGGGAGGCACUGCGGAGACAGAUAAUUGAAGAUGAGAGGCAGCAACUUCUGAAACGUCACGCUACACACCUCCUUGGGUACAUGCCGAAGGGCCUGCUCCAUGAGGAUGACCUGGAGCAUUUUGAUGAAGAAUUCAGAAAAAAGUUUAAAGCACGUCAGGAUGCCAUCUUCUCUGAGGACAGCUGGGAUGAUGAUGAUGUAAGGUUGAAGUAACUCCUCAGGAUUUAAAAAAAAAGUACUAAAACUACAAACUGACACCUUUUACUUUAAGUCGAAAAAAAAACCCUCUGUCAAUGAUUUAUAUUAAAACGUAAGGGUAAUACAAAGAUACACUUAUCUUCUGUCUUUUGACAAUGUCAGUCACGUCAGAAAUGAUCUCAGCACAUAUAUUCUCUUACUGUGUUGUUUGCUAUUUUUCUUUUCCAUAUUUAAUACAUAGUUUGAGUCUAAAUCAAUAUAAGUUAAUAUAAGCAUCCUGAAUUCCAGUUUGGCUGGUGCUUUAUGUAAAAUAAAGUCCAUUAAGCUCUUUCACCAACAAUAUCUUAAUGUAUAAGAACAGCAUUGCAAAUGGAUUCUUUUUUUUUAAAAUACUGCAGGUAUACAUGAAAGUCUUAUCAUUAUCUAAAGUCGAAGAUACUGUUUAUGACUAUUUUACUGCAAUUUAUGCAACACCUUACUAAAUGUUAGGUGACAAACCAGCCAUUUGAGUCACAACAUUUUUGUGCUUCUAAUUUCAUGCAUCUCAAUGAAAAUGCUGGAAAUAAAUUCACACAUUUGUGCUUAGAGUUUGGAUGUUUGGACAUCCAGGGACAGAACUGAAUUAUAUGGCUUCAAAUGGCCCCCAACUAUAAGUGCAAUGCAUUAUUGGGAACUUCAGAGACAGUGUCUGUGAAUGUUUCAAAGUUGUUGUGCAAAAGCAUGAUUAUAUUUGGAUGCUGGAUGAUUCAUUUAAAAUCAUCAGUUUACUUCCAGUUUUUUUAUUAUAGAGAUGUGAAUAUAGUACAAGUUAUUUGUGGCCUUUUUACACUCUGACACAAUGAAAUGGUUCUUCCAGUUUAAUAUGCACAGACUUAAUUUUUAAAUGUCAGUGUUUCUCAGUGAAAGGGUGAGAAAUGAUAUAACUGAGGUGGCAUAAUUUUCUUUUUCUCUUUUGGAACUGUAAUUUCUCAACUGCUACACUAAAUGUUGAAAUGGGUUGAAUUCAAUAAAUAAAAUAAAAUAAAAUAAAA